AUGCGACCAUCAGCUGCGAACACUUUGGCUAGGGCACGAUGGAGCGCCCAACCCUCUCCCGCAAGCAUCACCGGACGAGCAGCCGCAUAUAGGCGGAUAUCCACAACGCCUCUGACUUCGCGGUCAUUGCCGACUUCUCAGAGAUCGUUAUCAUCCUCCGACUCCGCAAGCUCCCCGCUCCUCUUUCUCAGAAGCAACUUCCUCCCGCAGGAUGUUCUCUUCCGAACUACCUCCGUAUACGCCCGUCAAUUCUCCUCCCGCUCGGCGCAGUUUCAACAAGCACAAAAGCAGCCUGAGCCAGAUGUAAACGACCCAAAAUCGCAAACCAAGCAAUCUGCGACAUCGGAGGGCGCGGCGGGAGAGACAGCAGGCGAGCAGGAAAAGGGACAAUCUGGGGAGAAGAAGGCCGGUGAGGAAGAAUCCAGCGAACAGAAGGAGGGUGAGGAGGGCAAAAAAGAGAAGAAGGAUGACAAGCCCCCACCUCCGCCUCACGGUGACAAGACGCCAUGGCAGGUUUUCACGGAAACGCUGAAGACCGAGUUCCAGGCGUCGAAGGAGUGGAACGAGGGUACAAAGCAGUUGUCGGGCAGCGUACACGACUUUACGCAGAACCCUCGUGUCCAGAAGGCUGCCGAAACCUACGGCAAGGUGACGGGUGCGGCUAAGACCACAACCGCCGAAGCUCUGAAGACCACAGGAAAGGCUAUUGGUCAGGGUGCAGCAUGGACGUGGGACACGAUGCCUGUGAAGGGCGUUCGUAAGGUCGCGAAUGUGACUGGAACUGGUCUCGAAUAUGUCACGCGCCCAGUGCGCCAGUCCAAGGCAUUCCAGGCUGUGAAGGAGACCGUGGAUGAUGGUAGCUCGUCAAGAUACGGAGGUUGGGUCGAGAAGGAGGAGCGCAAGAAGCGAAGGGAAUUGAGGGAACUCAACGAACUGCAGAGAACCGGAGGCAAGCCGAUGGAGCCGAUGGAGGAGGAUCCAGAAGCUGGUACCAACGUUACCCUGCACAAGGAUGCCAAAUACAAAGAAAUCUGGCGGGAUUUCAAAGAUAACUCCCCAAUCAUGCGACGAUUCUCAGGCAUGAAAGAUGUGUACAACGAGUCGGAGAACCCUCUCAUCUCGACCGCUCGCAGCAUCACGGACCGAUUCACUGGCUUCUUUGCCGAGAACGAGACCGCCAUGGUCAUUAAAAAGUUCCGCGAAAUGGAGCCUAACUUCCAGCUCGAGCCCUUCCUAACGGAAAUGCGAGAGUACAUACUUCCAGAAGUCCUAGACGCGUAUGUGAAGGGCGACGUCGAGACCCUGAAGCUCUGGCUGUCCGCAGCGCAAUAUCAGGUAUAUGCGGCCCUGAUGCAACAAUACACGACCGCAGGCCUGAAGUCGGACGGCAAGAUUGUCGAUAUCCGUGGCGUUGAUAUCCUGAAUGCCAAGUUGCUAGAACCUGGAGAGAUCCCUGUAUUCAUCCUCACCUGUAGGACGCAAGAAGUGCACACCUACAGGAACAAGAAGACCGGCGAGCUCGCUGCCGGUAUGGACGACAAAGUCCAGCAGGUCACAUAUGCUAUCGGUGUGACCAGGAUACCAGAAGACGUCAGCAACCCUGAGACCAGAGGCUGGAGAUUCAUCGAGCUGCAGAAGAGCGCGAGAGACUACUACUGA